AUACGCCCUCAAGAGCAUCCGACAAAGCCCGCUGCAACAGUUACUCCGCGCCUACUAAUAAUAUAAGGUAAACAGUAAAGACAGAUAACCGCGCCUCUUGGCCCUGGCAGAAUUCACCGACUGCUGCUAAUCUCUGCACACAAUGCAACCUGCCACCGCCUGGGCAAGGGCCUGACUGUUUCGGCGUUCCCUGCCGCUGCCCCGCGUAUUCACCACUUGUUCAACGUAAAAUAACAGCCAAUCGAUAUUCAACCCCUGCCCUCAGCUGCCCAAGGCCAUGUCAGCCUCAUCCCACCCACGCCCGGUCGACGACAACGCCGACGACAACGACAUCAACAACAACAGCACGACUCCAUCUCCUGCCAGCCUCCUCACCUGGUUCACCAAAAAUGGAGGACGCCUGCAUCCCAACAUUAGUAUUCACCACACUGCCCGAGGCGGCUUUCAUCUGCGUGCCCUCGAAACCCUCGAGCCCCCAUUCCACGCCGUCAGCUGCCCUCUGCAUCUCUCGCUGUCUGUGUUCAACCUCGCCCCGCCCGAUGUGGGUAUACCACCCUCUGUGAUCCCAAGGGUCAAGAGUGCUCUGACCCCUCUAUGGGACAAGGUCCAUCACACCGUCUUGACUUGCCUCCUUCUCAUUGAGCAGUUAAUCCUAGAGGAAUUGUCCCCAUGGUACCCCUACAUUGCGACUCUGCCAGAGGUCGAGACACUGGUCUCCACCCUGUAUCCUAAAAGCACAAAGUAUAUUGAAUCCACAGUCAUCCCAGCCGCUCGGGACCGCAGACUCGCAAAGGUGGACCAUCACUGGCAGCAAGCACUAGCCGCCCUUGAACAAGCCGGUUUAAAGAAUACGGAGCUGUACGACGAGUGUGACAGAACGACCUUUCGCUGGGCAGAUGCUGUUCUAUGCUCGCGUGCCUUUGCAUCCACAUAUUGCUUCCCGUUCCGAGCAUCGUUCCAGAUGCUCUUCCCGGUCUUCGACAUUGCAAAUCACUCGCCCACCGCACACGUUCAAUGGAACGUUACAGGGCAGGCCUUCCACAUGCGGAUCUCGGAUCGUGUCGAAGCUGGAGAGCAGGUGUACAAUAACUAUGGCCCUAAGUCCAAUUCAGAACUCCUACUUGGCUAUGGCUUUGCCAUUCCGAACAACCCAGUAGACCAGGUGCCUAUUCCAAUCUUGAUGGAAAAGAACGAUGACUACCUCGAACAUGUACCCUUCGGCAUGGAUCCGAAAAUGGUGCACAAUACCGAUGGAGGCCUACGGCUCCCGAACAAUCUGCUCGGCCGCUACGACAACCAGGUAGCAUGGCUGCGUGGAGUCCCACCCCACGUUGUGUUUGCAUGCUACAUCAUCACCCUCAAAGGGCGGAAACUGGAGCCCAAGGACAUAGACGCGUCCCGCGUGCCCGGCCGCAUAGUUCUGGGGACCAUUGCGAAUCUAUGGAGGGUUUUCAUGAAGGAGUUUGUCCCCAUGGACAACCCCUAUGGGACGGUGACCGACUUCAAAACGCAGUCGGACGAAUAUCAAUGGAUUUACAUGGCCGGCCAAGUUGAGAUAGGUCAGGGCAUUCGUAACGAAAUCCUAGAUCUCAUCCGUUCACUGCAGGUUGACAGAGAUGCCAGCGUGGCAAAGCUGCAUCUCCCAAUGGUCACGGAUGUAGGCACCGCUAUCGCGCUCUUCGCGGGAUCAGUGGAUACGGCUUACGCGACCGCGCUCAGCGAGUUGAUGAAGGACUGGCUCGGUUUUGACUUGGACGAGGAAGGGGAUAGGCGACUGGCGGCAAUGGGAGAGCAAACGGAGAGGGCUGCUUGGGCCUUCCUGACCUUCGCCCUCCACGCGCACGCGAGGAGGACCGGUGACGAUAAAGACAACCUCAUGGACGCCUGGGCUCGCGAUCUCGACUUUGUAGAUCCAUUUGACGUGGAGAAGUACAAUGCAAUGUACACGGAGAUAGGAGAAGACGGCGAUGGCUGCACUCCGACAGAUGGCGAGAUCCGUCAGCUCAUCACCAUGCUCAGCAGUGUGCUCGAAAGCAGGCCUCGCUCCCAUGCUCUGCUGCGUUUGUUUUCUCAAGACGAGAUCAAGGCCGCUAUAGCUCGAGCCUGCCAUAUCGCGCGGUACGAAGCGGUUAUCCGAUCCAUGGGAUGCGAUGGCAUGCCGGUCGGCAGGCUGUGCAUGUAUAUGAACCCACGACCCAGGGAGUACAAGCCAGCGGCUGAUCCUAUCGAGCCCUGGGUGACGAUGCAACCGGACGGAGAGGGAGUAAAGGAUCGGGCUUGUACGCAGCGAGACUAUGAGCCUUUCACGAGUUAGAACUAGCCGAGUAUUCCAAUUGUAGAUGUAGAAAUACAGCUAAUGCUACAAAAACAAGCGCGUAG